AUGACUCGCUCACGUCGCGGGGCCGAGGAGCAUCUCAUCAUCGAACUGAUGCGCAUCCGUAUUGGAAAGUUGCUUCGCAACGAUGGAAAUCUCGCGGCGAGCCGGCGAAACCGGCGAGUUGACGCGCCGUCGACGCAAGAUGCCACGAUGCACGUGGAGCUUAGUGGGAGACUUUCACGCGCCACUCUCGUUAGACUUUCGCCACUAAUUAAAGCUGCCAAUGGAACAAUGGAGGCGCAAGAAGUCGAUCUCGAACGGCCCGAUGUUGCUAUUAAUUGCCCGAUCGGAUCGCCCACGCUUUCUAACACGACGUCAGAUGAGUUGGAUAUUUCCAUCGAGCUCGACUUCGAGCUG